UGCUCCCCUCCUAGGCGCGGCGUGCGCUGCCCGCCACCCGCCUGAAUCAUGGUGAUCAUGUCAGAGUACGCCUCCGUGCCCGCUGCCGGACAAGCCCAGCAGCGGCCGCUGCGAGUCGGCUUCUACGAUAUCGAGAGGACCUUGGGAAAAGGCAACUUCGCGGUGGUCAAGCUGGCCAGGCACCGGGUGACCAAAACGCAGGUUGCAAUAAAAAUAAUAGACAAAACAAGGUUAGACCCAAGCAAUCUGGAGAAGAUUUAUAGAGAAGUUCAGAUAAUGAAGCUUUUGAAUCAUCCCCACAUUAUCAAGCUGUAUCAGGUUAUGGAGACAAAGGAUAUGCUUUACAUUGUUACUGAGUUUGCAAAGAACGGAGAAAUGUUUGAUCAUCUGACCUCCAAUGGGCACUUAAGUGAAAGCGAAGCACGGAAGAAGUUCUGGCAGAUUCUUUCAGCGGUGGAAUAUUGUCACAGCCACCACAUAGUGCACAGGGAUCUCAAAACAGAGAACCUUUUGCUAGAUGCUAACAUGAAUAUCAAGUUAGCAGACUUUGGCUUUGGAAACUUCUACAAGUCAGGAGAGCCCCUCUCCACUUGGUGUGGAAGCCCACCCUAUGCAGCUCCAGAAGUUUUUGAAGGCAAAGAAUAUGAAGGACCUCACCUUGAUAUAUGGAGCCUUGGGGUGGUGCUGUAUGUCCUUGUCUGUGGUUCUCUGCCUUUUGAUGGACCCAAUUUACCAACUCUUAGACAAAGAGUGCUGGAGGGGCGGUUCCGCAUCCCUUACUUCAUGUCUGAAGACUGUGAAACACUAAUCCGACGGAUGUUGGUUGUGGACCCAACCAAGCGAAUAACCAUUUCCCAAAUAAAGCAGCACAAGUGGAUGCAAGCUGACCCGUCUCUUCAACAGCAGCAGUCUUUGUCUUUCUCCAUGCAAAACUACAACUCCAACCUGGGUGACUACAAUGAGCAAGUCCUUGGGAUCAUGCAAACACUUGGCAUUGACAGGCAGAGAACUGUUGAGUCUCUGCAAAACAGCAGCUACAACCAUUUUGCCGCAAUUUAUUACCUGCUCUUGGAACGCCUCAAGGAGUAUCGAAGCAGCCAGCUAUCGAGUCGUCCAGCAAGUGGCCGUCAGCAAAGGCCGAGGAGCUCCGAGAUCAGCAAUGUUGAGAUGCCUCAGGACAGUCUCGCUAGUGAAACACUGCGAUCAUCUCUGCUUUACCAGCAACCUCAGAGCCUGAUUCAGCCAUCCUUGCAGGCAGAAAUGGACUGUGACAUGAGCAAUCCAUUACAGCCUGUGUUCUUCCCCGUGGAUCCCAACUUCAAUGGGCUCUUCCGGAACCGCUCCAUCUCCCCCAACAGCCUGUUGGAGACCACCAUUAGUGAAGAAGUAAGGCAAGAGAAGGAGCUGGAAGAUGAAAUUAAGGCAUAUGACCACCCCAUCUGCAUCCCUAGCAACACCAGCAGGAGGCACACACUGGCCGAAGUGACCACUCAUUUCUAUCAGCAUGCCCCUCCAUGUAUAGUCAUUUCCUCUUCUGCAAGCCCCACAGAGGGAACUAGUUCAGACAGCUGCCUUACUUCAUCUUCAAAUGACAGCUCAGUGGCCCUGAGCAGCUGUUUGGCAGGUCAAGUAAUGACGGGGAGCCCAGCCGCAGCUAGGAUGACGUCGCCCUUCCUAGCUUCCCAGUCUGACGCUCCGGUGUUACAAGCCCAGGGCUGCAUGGGAGGUGCUUCUCUCCUGCCUGUCAGCUUCCAAGAAGGAAGGCGAGCAUCUGAUACCUCAUUAACUCAAGGCUUGAAGGCUUUUAGGCAGCAGCUGCGGAAGAACGCUCGAGCCAAGGGGUUUCUCGGCUUGAAUAAAAUCAAAGGCUUUGCUCGGCAGGUGUGUCAGUCCUCCUCAUCUCGGGCAGCAAGGAGCGCCAUGAGCCCUUUCCAACACACACAGCCAAACACCUGCAUAUACAGCAGCAGUGGGAGCAGCAGAGAGGGAAGAAGCCUCCUGGAGGAGGUGCUACAGCAGCAGAGAAUGCUCCAGCUCCAGCAUCACCAGAUACUCCAGACAGCUUGUCCCCAGACUUCUCAGACAUCUGCAACAAAUGGCAUCCCCUCCUCUGAUAGCGUAGGUACCUGCAAAGCAUCCAAUUCUCUUCUGUUGUCAGAGCUACAAAGAGAGAACUCAUUUGAGCUGGCCUUUGCUGGCAACAGCCAACUGCUCCAACCUCAUUUCUUUGGUGUCAGUGUGUCACCGGUGUCCUCAGCAGCUCACCUUUUAGACACGCACCUGUACAUCAGCAGCAACGUUUCUCCAGUUGGCACCACCUUCUCUCAGCAACAGAGUUUCUCUGCGCAGUCUCCAAGCUAUGACGCUGUCACUCUGCAGCACGGGGACUGUGAGAUGGAGGACCUGACUUCCAACCAGCUAGGGAAGUUCGUCCUGGUCAAAUGAGAGCCCCAGCUGCUACAGCUUACGCUGGCUGCUCUUGUCGCGAAGAACUUUCACCACUGUUCCAUGGUGUGUGUGGGUCCAUGGCUGGCUGGUCUCGUGUGGACAAGUGACUCUCAGAAGCAAUAAAUUUUGAAGUAUGUGAAGAGGCUGUCUGGCUCAGAAAGCUAGCAACUUUAUAGAACUGAAACAAGCAAUAUGUAUGUCUUUUUGCUUCUACUAUUCUUGCACUGAACAAAUAUGAAUAGAAACUGAAUUUUUUAAAGGAAAAAAUAAUGAUGGG